AUGGGGUGCUGCCCAGGGGACUGCUUCACCUGCUGCCCGCAGCAGGAGUGCUGCGAGGAGUGCUGCUGCCAGCCCGCCUGCGGCGGCGGCUGCUGCGGGGGCUGCUGCGGUUGCUGCGGCUGCGGCGGCGGCGGCGGCUGCGGUGGCUGCGGCGGCGGCGGCUGCGGGGGCUGCGGCGGCGGCGGCUGCUGCGGCUCCUCGUGCUGCGGCGGCGGCGGCUGCGGCGGCGGCGGCUGCGGUGGCGGCUGCGGCGGCUGCGGCGGCGGCUGCUGCGGUGGCUGCGGUUGCUGCGGCUCGUCGGGGGGCUGCUGCGGGCCGGUGUGCUGCCAGCCCACGCCUGUGUGCGACACCAAGUGAUGAGGAGCCCUCGCCCCGCCGUGGAGGCCGACCCCGGGCCCAGCUGCAGCGGCUCUCGGCGGAGACUCCCCCCCUGUCUCCAGGACCUUCUCUGCGCGCCAGACAAGUGUCCUGUCGUCCGUCCGCGGCCCCCACCCCUGCAGAGGAGGGCUCGGUCCCCGCACCGAGCCCCAGCGUCGCCGGGCGCGCGGAGCAAGAGCCAAGAGGCAGCGAGAGACACGUUCAGACUCCCGCCCCCCGCGGGGAGCCCCGACGACGCUCGCAGGCUGCGCCCCGCUGACUUUCCUCGCCUGGACGUAGGCUUCUUGUCACCGGGAGGCGUCGGCUUAUUCGAGGGCGCUUUGGGACUGACCCCUCUCCCAGCUUUCUGCUGCUUUUGAGAUGCAAACAUUCCUCUUGGUUAACUUCUUAA